UCGCAUUAUCCGAGAACCCUGAGAGCCCAUUCCUCAGGGGUUUAUCAACAACUAAAAAGGAUCACCAAUUACCAAUAGUUUCUAUUUCAGCAGCUCUGCCAAUAUCUGCUCUCAGGCCAGGACACAGUAACCAGUGAAGCCCCAAUCAAUGGCGAUGCCGGUCGUCAACACAGAAUACCUCAAGGAAAUCGACAAAGCUCGUCGCGAUCUUCGCGCUCUCAUCUCUAAUCGCAAUUGCGCUCCUCUCAUGCUCCGCCUCGCGUGGCAUGAUGCAGGGACUUAUUGCGCGAAGACGAAGACCGGCGGCCCUAAUGCUUCAAUUCGGAACGAGGAAGAGUGCGCUCAUGGUGCCAAUAAUGGUUUGAAGAAAGCUAUUGAUUGGUGUGAGGAGGUGAAGUCUAAACACCCAAAGAUUACAUAUGCAGACCUCUAUCAGCUUGCUGGUGUUGUUGCAGUUGAGGUCACUGGAGGACCUACUGUUGACUUUGUUCCUGGGAGAAAGGACUCAAAUGCGUGUCCCAAGGAAGGGCGACUUCCAGAUGCUAAACAAGGUGCACCACAUCUGAGGGACAUAUUUUACAGGAUGGGUCUCACUGACAAAGACAUCGUAGCACUGUCAGGGGGUCAUACCCUGGGAAGGGCACAUCCAGAGAGAUCAGGCUUUGAUGGCCCAUGGACCCAGGAGCCACUCAAGUUUGAUAAUUCCUAUUUUGUGGAACUCUUGAAAGGAGAAUCAGAAGGACUGUUGCAACUUCCUACUGAUAAAACUUUGGUGGAGGACCCUGCAUUUCGCCCUUUCGUGGAACUGUAUGCUAAGGAUGAGGAUGUCUUCUUCCGUGACUAUGCUGUCUCACACAAGAAACUUUCGGAAUUAGGAUUUACUCCAAGCGGAGGCAAGUCAAGCUGCAAAGACAGCACUAUACUGGCUCAGAGUGCAGUCGGAGUUUUAGUUACUGCAGCAGUGGUCAUUUGUAGCUACAUCUAUGAAGUCCGCAAACGCUCAAAGUGAAGAGAUUACACAAGUAACGUCAUUCAUAUCCAUUACAUACCGUCUGUAUAAUAAACUAGUAACAUCAUAUAUCUGAGAUUCAUCCUCCUCAUACUAUCUCCUACAUCUAGGUAUAUAUGUCACUAUCAUUAUCAAGUAUCAACUAACUUUCUAUCUCGAAUUUAAGUGGUUGUUUCAACUUGCUAGAAACCAGGAGUGGAUCAGAAUGGUACGAACUAUGAAGAGCCAAAUAAGUUUUACUAAUAUGAAUAUUUUCAUUUGUUCA